GCUCGUGAUUGGCUGAAUUUUCCAACCCCUGUCCCGGCCAGCCAAUCAGCACCGCCCAUUUUGAUCCGAAGGGGUGGAGUCAGGGGGGUUUUGAGCGGUACAUUUUCGCAAAAUCGUGCAGUCCCGAUUUACCAACCCUUAGAGCGGGAUCUUUACUUUCUACCCCCAAGUUCGCGCGUGAUUUUAUCGGCGAUAGUUUGAGAUUUUCUUGCCGAGUUUUGUGAAACAUGCUGUAAAGUUAUUUAAAAUGGCGGGACCGUACUUGUCUCCUCUUCCUGGGGAUUUGCUGACGGAGUAUAUGUUCGGUAGACGCCGCCAGCGUCGGAAUAGGACCACGUUCACUCCUCAGCAGCUCAGUGAAUUGGAGUCCCUGUUCCAGAAGACUCAUUACCCUGAUGUAUUUUUGAGAGAGGAGGUAGCGCUGAGAAUCAGCCUGUCAGAAGCUAGAGUUCAAGUAUGGUUCCAGAACCGGCGAGCCAAGUGGCGCAAACAAGCGCGUCUCCAACUUCUUCAGGACGCGUGGAGGAUGCGCUGCUUGGGACUGGGGUCUCCUCCUCUGUCCCUACCAGGUCACGCAAAACCACCAGAUUCAUCGCCAGAAGGUCCUGAAUCUCCUUCAGAAAAGUCUUCACCUGAGCCUCCACCUUUAGAAAACAGGGAACUCAAAUCACCACGCCAAGACCCGUACCUCCACAGCAACAAUAUGCCUGAACCGAUGCCCACCAUGCCUCCAGCAGUACACGACAUGCCACCACCGAUGUACGGAAACGAGGAUGGAAGAAUUCUGCAACAGCCCUUCCCUUUCGCACCUAUGAUGAUGAAUCCACCAAUGGACAACAGUGAGAUCGUCCCAACAGACCUAAGGAUGUCCAAGAACUGUCCAUGUGCUACACCAAUGUCACACCAAGUUGAUGAGCCUCAGAACUUAGCCUACAAACCUCGCCAUGACAAGGAGAGCGAUAGUGAAAGUGAUACAGAAAUAGAUCUGACGUCACACUCGUCCAAAGAUGACGAUUUGAGAGAGUCUGAGAGACUGGCGAAUAGAAUAGCCACGAGCAUUUUCAGAAGUGACACCGUGCUACAUGAACUGGUGCCGAAUGAUUUGAGUCUUGGUUCGGUGAAGAAUGUUGAGAGAAAUAUUUCUAACAAAGGGAAUUUGCCCAUGUAAAGUUACCGAUUAG